GAUUGUUUUGCCACAGUCGGCCAGUGGUUUGGAGACCGUGUGGACCAGUACAGGACCCAGACUGCCCACAAUGACCAGAUGAGGGACCCAACAUGGGAGUCGGGUCGCGCGGUUCGGUGAAGUAAGACAAGAAGCGAAUUGUUCGGCAGGAGACCCGACUUUUAUUAUUUGGUGGCCGAGUAUUGGGGAUAACGUUGGUAAGCAUGAUUCUGAAUGCAUCAAGUGAUUGGAGCUACAGUCGUAUCACAGAGCCAUCAAACAAGAAGCAACACAGCACAAACUUAGGAGUACAAUGGCGCUGCUGCUGGGUCUUGGCUUGUCUCUGCUGAUAGCGGUCUAUUCCAGCAGUGUGAAGAACUGCCACCCAGGCUGUCACUGUGAGGUGGAGAGCUUUGGACUGUUUGACAGUUUCAGUCUUACAAGGGUAGAUUGCCGAGAGCUAGGGCCUAGCACCACCAUGCCUGUCCCUAUCCCUCUGGACACCACCCACCUGGACUUGUCUUCCAACACCAUUGGACCGCUUAAUGAUGCCAUGCUAACUGGGCCAGGCUACACCACCCUGGUUAGUUUGGACCUCAGUAGCAACCACAUUACUAAGGUAAGCGCCAAUGCAUUGUCCAAGCUCCGGUACCUGCAGACGCUGGAUCUGAGCCACAAUUCCCUUGAGAAACUUUACUCCAGCUCCUUCUCCGGUCUCCCUCUAGCCGAUGUGGACCUUAGCUACAACAACUUUCGAGAGUUCGACAUGGAUGUGUUCACAGCAAAAGCUAAUGGUGAAUUUCUAAGCGUUGAUCUGUCUUAUAACCAGAUACUCGCUGUUUCCAGGAAUCCUCAUGGAGGAGCCUUGCACAUCCAGAGCUUAAGUCUGACAGGAAACCAUCUGACAAGUGUUCCAAAGCUGGCAGGCAUUCCACUUAGGUACCUGAACUUGGAUGGGAACCCCAUCACCAGCAUUGAGGAGGGGGCCUUUGAUCAGCUAAAGGAUCUGGUUUACUUGUCUCUCAGUGGCCUCAAUGAGCUACAGAAGAUCCAGCCCCAAAGUUUUAAGAGCCUGCAGAGCCUCCAAAUUCUGGAUCUGUCUAACAACCCAAAGCUCAAAAUGCUGGCCCCUGCAGUUUUUAGUGGACUAGUCUCCCUCCAAGAGCUUAAUUUGUCUAACUCUGGGGUGACAUCUUUGCCUAGUAAUAUGCUUGCCCAUUUUCCCAGUAUUAAGAGUAUCAUGCUGGGAGAGAACAUCCGAUGCUGGAGGACCCAGAAACAAGGACAGUUCCACCGGCAGCUGGGGCAAGUGACACACGACGAAGUGCUGAGCUGUAAUGUUGAAGGAAUUGUAUUUUGAGAGAGCACCUUUGCGAAUAGACAACCUGCUACAAUUCCAGUACAGAAAAAGUGCCUUUUGUACACUUAAGGUAUGCAAAGCACUGUUUUGGUUUUUCCUGUUACUUGAUUGUUACUCUUACGUGUUAUCUGGUCCAACUUUGAAUUAUAUAUCAUAUAAAGGAUUAAUGAAGCCUUCAUGAACACUAAACAAAACCUUUAUAGAUGUUGGAGAUAUUCUAACAUUUGCAGAUCAGUUUGGCACCCUUUACAGUAUUUUAUAUAACACACACACACAUUAUUUAUUUUGUAUCUUUAUUUGUUUUAAAGUGUUGAUGAAUUAUUCAUGAAUCCUAAAAGUUGUGAUUUAUUUUUAAAUCAAAGACCAUUUUACGUAUUUGAACUAUUUGUAAUUUGCACUUAUCUUAGUCAUUGUUUUAUAUUUAACUCCCAUAUGGUCAAAAUGUCAUGUAAUUAAUGCCUUCUUUGAGUCACUUAAGAUAAAAAACAUUGGUGAAUAUCAGUGCUAACAUUUGACCACUAAGGUUUUUUUUUUUUGUCACUUUGAAAGUGAUGCUGCUUUAGAAUGGUAUAGAUGAAGCAUACACAUGAGAAAAUACUGUUCUUCAUUGUCCAAUGACAACUUGAAAAUAUGUGCCCUGCAAAGACAUUCAUGUGUUUAUUUGGCACUCUCCAUUUGACCAACCUAAAAGCAGGCUUCACACAACCAGUAAAUCUAGCUGAUGGCAGAAUAAUAUCAGUUGUUUACAUCCACAGAAAGACCAUUUCAGUUCUUCAAUUUACAUGACUUUACCCAUAACUGAUAGCUGGCAACAUAUAUUUUUUGUUUAAUUUGUAUUUAGGAAUGCUGGAAAUAGACUCCAGCAUCCCCGUGACCCUGAGAGCAGGAUAAGUGGUUCAGAUAAUGGAUGGAUGGAUGGAUGGAUGGAUUGUAUUUAUUAAAAAGUAACUGUCAGGUUGGUCCACCACAUAAACCAUGGUUAAAGAACCUGUGACUUGCAACAAAAUGCCAAAUGCUUUGUUUUUGUCAAUAUUACACAACUUGGGGGGGGGGCAUGGGGGAGGCAUCCGGUUGGCGUGGCGGGCUACUCCGUUGCCUACCAGCACAGGGAUCAGCGUUUCGAAUCCCCGUGUUGCCUCCGGCUUGGUUGGGCGUCCCUACAGAUACAAUUGGCUGUGUCUGCGGGUGGGAAGCCGGAUGUGGGUAUGUGUCCCAAUUGCUGCAAUAGCACCUGCUCUGGUCAUUCGGGGCGCCUAUUUGGAGGGGAGGGGGGACAGGGGGGGGUAGUGUGAUCCUCCCACAUGCUACAUCCCGCUGGUGAAACUCCUCACUGUGAAGUGAAAAGAAGCAGCUGGCGACUCCACAUGUAUCGGAGGAGGCAUGUGGUAGUCUGUAGCCCUCCCCAGAUUGGCAGAGGGGGUGGAGCAGCGACCAGGACCUCGGAAGAAUGGGGUAAUUGGCCAGAUACAAUUGGGGAGAAAAGGGGGGUGGACACCCCCCCCAAAAAAAAUAUACAACUGGAGUAAGUAAGCCUUGAAUGUUGCCCCAGAGUUUUUGCUGGUCGCUGAUUUAACCACGUUCCAACUGUGAAAAACACAUUUCAAAACACAAUAAUGGAAAUAACUUUUUUUCAUGUUGAUCUGUUGUGACUUCCUUCUACCAUGUUUGAUAAAGUUUAAAAUUUGCCAACUUGUACUCAUUAAAAUUUUGGUUUACGUUUGCCAAUACCUAAUCAUGUGGAAACAUGAAACCCCCGAGCUAUACUGUGCCAUAAGGUGUGUGCAAGCCUGCAUGGUCAUUCCUGUGGUAUUUAAUGGACCUGAAAAAGCAAUCAGCCUCGAGACUGCAGAUGAGGUAUUUUGAAUGUUUAAAUCUGUGUAGCAAGAAUGGUUUUAUUUCAACUCAACCAGUGCAAAAUGUAAAACUUAAACAGAUUGUCAGUUUUGAAUGUUAUAGCAUUCCCUUGUUACUCUUAAUUGUUGUGUUGUUAUAGCAUUCCCUCUUUACCCUUAAUUGUUGUGUUCAAGACAGGGUGUAGUAAACUCUUUUUGGGGAAAAAAAAAGUUUCAGCUUCAAAAAUUUGAAUGAAAUCCACCUUCUGUAUCCAUUUAGUUCUAAAUGAAAUGAUUCCAUUACCGGUAUAGAGGUUUAUUUUUGUGUAACUAUUCUGUACAUACUUUAUAUUCAAAUAAUUUUUAAUAAAUUGGUGAUUCUCAUAUUCAUGGCUUGAACAACUUGUUAUGUAAUUGGUUAUAAUACCCAUUUAUCAUCCAUCCAGUGCUCUUAUCUCUUAGCCUUAAGGCAUUACCACACUUAUAAAAACAUCAGGUCAGCAAUUAAAAGGUGUGUCAGUGAAAUAAAAUUAAAGUUCACGUU